AUGAGCGAUAGCCAGCUGCUCCUGACCAACAAUGGUCGCACGGACGUAGUGCAAUGGGACAACUACAGUUUCGUUCUCAACAACCAGAGGAUCUUCUUAUACUCCGGGGAGUUCCACACUUUCCGCUUGCCAGUGCCGAGCCUAUGGCCAGAUAUCCUCCAGAAGGUGAAGGCGGCUGGGUUGAAUGCUAUCAGUGUCUACACACAUUGGGGCCUGAUUAACCCAUCUCCUGAAGUAAUCGACUUCAAUGACUAUCGUGCUCUACAGCCCCUGUACGACGCCGCAAAGGAAGCGGGAGUAUGGAUUGUCUUGCGUCCAGGCCCAUAUAUCAAUGCUGAAACAACGGCUGGAGGCAUUGCGCACUGGGUGACCUCGCAAGUAGCUGGUAUGCUCCGUACCAACGCUAGCGAUUACACUGCAGCCUGGCAAGAUUACAUACACGGUAUCAUCAACGAAACCGCCGCGAAUCAAGUGACUCAGGGUGGACCAGUGAUAGUAAGGUAUAUGUUCACAAAUACUCUUACUCUAGACAACGAAUACACCCAGUACGGGUUUCCUGGUAGUGCCGGCUAUUUCGCGGACCUGGAGGCCGACUACCACAACUCGUCGAUCGUGGUGCCUCUCACUUACAACGAUCCCGGUGAGGGGAGAAACUUCGUCAAUGGUACUGGUGCAGUUGAUAUAUACGGCCUGGAUGCAUACCCACAAGGAUUCGAUUGCUCCAACCCAGAAGUGUGGAGCGCUCUUCCAACAAAUUGGCAUGACUAUCACGAAAACACCAACCCAUCGCAACCAUGGUACUUCCCUGAGUUUCAAGGUGGUGCGUUCGACGCGUGGGGACCGACUGCACCAGGGUACGAGGCGUGCCGCGUCUUGACCGGAGCAGACUUUGAGUCGGUAUUCUACCGGGCGCUUUGGGCGUCGAACGGGAAACUGAUGAACUUCUAUAUGGUAUACGGUGGAACUUCUUGGGGUGCCUUACCCUACCACGGAGUUUACACGUCAUAUGAUUAUGGGAGCUCAAUAGCGGAGAACCGUACGUUGACGGAGAAGUAUGCCGAGUUAAAGCGGCAAGGCCUCUUCCUGCGCAGCUCUUCCGAAUUCUAUAAGACGGACUGGAUCGGUAAUAGCAGUACUGGUGCUGUUGUAGUCUCGAACCCAGCCGCCUUCGCUGUCUACCUCAGGAACCCCGAUAGUGGCGCCGGGUUCUACAUCAUGAGACAGACCAAUUCAAGCUCAACGGCAACGACCGAGUUCCAACUGAAUGUGCAAACGUCGGCAGGCGUUCUAACAUUGCCACAGGCUGGAUCAAAUAUCACGCUCAGUGGUCGAGAAUCCAAAGUAGUCGUGACUGAUUACCUGUUCGGGUCCUCUAGGAUGUUGUACUCCACAGCUCAGGUCUUGUACGCCGGCGUCAUUGGAGGCCGUGACGUCCUGUUCCUGUACGGUGACUCUAGCCAGGAGCAUGAGGCGUCUAUAGCUUUCACCGGUAUUCCCAACAUGAAGGCGUCAGGUCCCACGAUAUCUAUUCAGUGCGACAACCGCCGGGACACUACCAUCAGUUUCUUACCAGGUCUCAACGGACUUGUGACCGUGUACGAUUCGAGCACGCAAUUGGUGCUAUUUGCUGACACUGUCACUGCUGGGUCGUUCUGGUCCCCUGUUAUUUCUGGAAGCGGCGAGUUCUCCAACUAUUGGCAGUUUGGGACGAAUACGUCCAUCCUGGUCGGCGGUCCUUACUUGGUGCGAAACGCGACAAUAGAAGGACCCACUCUGGCAUUACAGGGUGAUUUGGAGACCGGCGUUAGACUUAUCGUCAUUGCGCCUCCAGGCUUGGAAGAAGUUACUUGGAACGGCGUACCUGUUCUGGCGGAUGUACAAGCCGCGUCGUCCUUGUCAUCCGUGGGCGGAUUUGUUGGUCAGCUGGGGAUGUCCCUAACAGCUGCACAUAUCACCGUACCAAGCUUGACGAACUGGAAAUAUGCCGAUAGCUUGCCCGAAAUCAUUAGAGGCUUUGCGGAUACAAACUGGACUCUCGCUGAUCACAGAACAACGAAUAUACCCUUCCCUCCGUAUUAUGGAGACGGGAGGAUACUUUAUGGGUGCGAUUAUGAAUAUUGCGAGAAUAUUGUUCUGUGGAGAGGGCACUUCAACGCCACUGGCGAUGAGCAGUCAGUAAACCUAUCAAUCAAUGGCGGAGAAGCUUUCGCUGCCAGCGUCUGGGUGAACAACUUCUUUCUAAAUACCUCUUACGGCAACUCCACAAAUGACAGGCACAUCCUGGAAGAGACCGACGAUAAGUUUCACUUCCCGCCUGGUUCUCUGUUGCCUGGUCAGGACAAUGUCAUAACUAUUGUACAAGACAACAUGGGUCUUAACGAGACGGGCUCUACACCAGACGCCUCGAAAUCACCUCGCGGCGUUCGAGGCUUCCAGCUGAACACGGGUAACUUCAGCGAAUGGCGUGUACAAGGCAAAGUCGGUGGAUAUACCAACUAUCCUGACAAAGUCCGGGGAGUCAUGAAUGAGGGUGGGCUAUUCGGUGAACGCCAAGGGUGGCAUCUUCCUGGAUACGACAUCUCGUCCUGGACAACCAGAGAUCUGACCGAAGGUCUGCCGAAUGGCACAGCAGGAGUUGGCUUCUUCGUCACCACCUUCGAUCUCAGCAUACCUAGCGGUUAUGACGUGCCUAUCUCAUUCAACUUUGACAACAGUACUCAACCGUACCGGGUAUACCUCUAUGUGAACGGAUGGAUGAUGGGCAAGAGGGUGGCUAAUCUGGGUCCCCAGACAAAAUUCCCCGUGCAAGAAGGUAUCCUCAACUACAAGGGAACAAACACUGUGGCUGUUGCAUUAUGGGCGAUGGAGAAUAUGGCGGUAUCACCGUCGCUGGAACUCAACAUCGAUGGGAUCUACGAGGGCGGUGUUGGCGGCAUUGUUACCAAUAACCCUGGCUAUUCACCCCUCGAGCGCAUUUGA